GGCUCCACCCCUUAACCACUUUCUUUAUCUCUAUGGAAAACCAAUCAAUGUUGGUGGAAGCUUUAACAGAUAAAACAAAGAAACUCAGAUGUACGGGUAAAGCUGUGAAGUUAAAAGCUAGUGAAAAAGCUGUUGAAGAACUUUUCAAUACUGGCCUGGUAGGAAAGCUCCUAGCAGACAGAAACAUCAACAAAAAUGCAGUGAAGGCUAUUAUUCUGAAAGUUUGGAGGACCUCCAAGGGCGUGCAGAUUGUAGAUCUAAAGGAAAAUAUUUUUGUGUUCAAGUUUGCAUGUGAAGGUGAUAAAAAGAGGAUUUUAGAGCUGGGGCCUUGGAAUAUUGAAGGGUUUCCUCUUAUCCUCAAACAAUGGCACCAGAAUAUGUCAGUUGAUGAUUUGGAUUUUUCAAGUAUCCCUUUAUGGGUUCAAAUACACGGUCUCCCCAUUGAGUAUAUGUCGAAGGAAAAUGCUGAGGAGAUUGGUGCUCUAGUGGGAGAAGUGUUAGAGGUGGAUUUUACUGGUAGUGGGGGUGUGUGUAUGAGCAAAUUUUUAAGGGUGAAGGUUGAGCUUAAGGUGGAGGAUCCUCUGCUGAGUGGUUUUUUCCUGGACAGAAACACACAACCGAAUUUGUGGAUUCGGUUUAAAUAUGAAAGAAUAGCAGAAUUUUGUUUCAAAUGUGGAAGGUUGGGUCAUUUAAAAGCAAGGUGCAUUUGGGCAGAUGCAGAGGUGCAAUCAAAUUCCAAGGAACCAUUUGGAUUUGGGCCAUGGCUGAAGGCAGAAGCAGCUAGUAAUAGAGCUUCACGGUGGGUGGAGUUCAUAGCUGAUAAUAAUCAAGCUUGUGAAGAGGUAGAUGUGGGAAGGAAGGAGUCAGUUUCCCAGGAACAAGAAGAGAGUAGAGUUCACGCGCUGCAAGUUGGGGGAACCAAGGAAACUCAGGCAGUGAGUUCGAGGCACAAUCUGGCAAGUUCUGAAAUUGUGUCUGAUUCUGUCACUUCAAAAUACAUCUCUCUAAGCAAAGUUCCUAACUAUUCCACCCCAUCCCAACCAAAUACUCAAACAAAUAGCUCUGAAACCACAAAUUUAAUCCCACUUAACCCCAUGGAAACAGACUGUCCAGUUACAACAAAACCAGUCAUAUCAACUCAAUCAAUGCCCAGUACAAAUACUGAAAGCUCUAGAAUACAACGAGAAUCAUCCCCUUCCAAAGAAUAUCAACCUUUAUUGGCUGACCCGGGUCUUAGUGAUCCUUCUGUGCUUAUUGGGCUUUCUAAGGCCCAAAAUAAUGUGCUUUCAUGGACUGUAUAUUAUAAUGAAGGUGAGAAAUCAGCUCUUGAGUCAUCCAAGGCCCAAAGUAACAUGGAGAUAAGUCAAAUUGAGGUACUUAAUCGUGGGAAAAGGAAAUUGGAGGAAGAGGGGAGCCCAGUUAAUUUGAGAGCUCUUAAACUGACUAAAGUGGGAUCCGGCCUUCUCAAAUUAGAGCCACAGUCCAACGUUUUUAAUCAAAUAAGCCGAAACAAGUCCACGGGGAGGGCAAAGGUUCACAGAAAGAAGAAGAUUAAGGAUCUAGCCAGAGAACAUGCAGCUCUUGUGCCCUGUAAUUCUUCCCAAGAGAAGGAGAGCAGCGAUCAGUUAAACGGCCUUUUAAAUUUGAAGAGGUGUGGACCAAAGAUGAGUCUAGUUGGUUUGUAGUUGAGAAAGCUUGGAAUGUAAUUUAUCAAGGCUCCCCAUUGUUCAAAGUCUGCCAAAAGCUCAAAGAGGCGAAAAAAGAUUUUAGAAUUUGGAAUAGGGAGUGGUUCGGGAAUAUCCAGCAAAAUAUAAAGAAAUGUUGGGAGAAUCUGAGAUGUAUUCAAGGUGAAGAACCAACUCAAGAAAAUUUAAGCAAAGAAGCAGGCAUUAAUAUGGAGCUUCAAGAAUGGCUCCAAAGGGAGGAAACUUUAUGGAGGCAAAAGGCGAGAAUAAAGUGGCUGUCUGCAGCUGACCUGAAUACCAAAUUUUUCCAUCUCACCACCAUAAUCAGAAGGCGCAAGAAUGCAAUUGAUUUUAUCAAAAACCAGCAAGGUUCUUGGGUCUCGGGGAGAGAGGAGAUUGGAAGUUGCUUUGAAAGUUUUUUUAGAAAUCUGUUUGAAACAUCUAACCCCUCAAUCCCUGAUAACUUGGAUAAUUUGAUAUGUCCAAACUUGUCUGAGGAGGAUAUUCAGAUGCUUACAAAAAUCCCGACUCCAGAGGAGAUCAAAGAUGUUGUUUUCAGCAUGAAUUCUAAUAAGGCGCCAGGCCCCGAUGGAAUGUCAGCCCACUUCUACAAGUUUUACUGGAAUAUAAUAGGAGGUGAAGUUAUUGAAGCUAUUUCUAGCUUUUUUCAAAGGGGGUACAUGU